CAAUUUUUGACAGAUGUCAAAAACCGUGCCAUGUGCUAUUUUUCGUCGUCGUGAUUUUUGUUUACGUGAUUUUGUAUGAUUAUAGCGCUAUUUCUGGCUGAUUAACCUUUAAUUGAUCAUGGAUUACGUGAUCGGCAGCGUGGCAGCUUUGAUAUCUGGUAACGUCACUCCAAACCGCCCUAAACUUAUCCGGAGAGCCCUGACACCUACAAAACAUCAGCCAUCCCCCAAUGUGACUCCUAAAAGCGAAUUUGUGGAUGACCGAUCCAUUUUCCUGUCUCCAACCCUGCAGAAGAAGAAGGCGAUAGUCAAAAAAUCGCCUAAAAGAAUCUUUCAGAACCCAGAUCUGGAUGUAACCUCAGAUAACGAUAACUCCAGUGACACUAGCCCUAAAGCGGAGAAGGUAAAAAAACACCUUGUAGAUGAGUUGGAUGGGGAUGAUGGCGCUAACAAAAGUUCAAAAACCAAUAAAUCUCCGAAAAAGUCAGAUGGUUCUCCAAAAAAAUCUAAAAAUAAAGAAUUUGGUAGCCCACAAAGUGCCAAUGAAACUACGCCGAAAAAACAAAAGAAGAAUAAAAAAAGCGUAGCAGAAACUAGUCAAGUUAGCGAGGAAACUGUAGAAAUGGAAGAAGUAAGUAAAUCUCCAAAGAAAAACAGAAAGCGAUUGUCAGAGGACAGCGAGUUAGUUGAUCAAAAUGAAGAAAAUGUGAAUGAGAAAAAAACUUCUAAAAAAAAGAAAAAACUAAGCAUUGCCCAGGAAGAGUCUGUAAAUCAAUCAAACUUUGAUGAAUCUGAUAAACAAGUUAAUCUAAGUAAGAGUCAGAAAAAGAAAAACAAGAAAAAGAAAUCAAAAGCCCAAAAACAUACAGUUGAAAAUGCAUCACAGGCUGAAGACACCUCAGUUAAUACAGAAACAAAGCAGAAAAACAAAAACAAAAGUUUUGUCAACCCAAAUGCAAUAACCGAUAAAGAUUCAGACUCAGAACAUGAAUCAGACGAUGAAAUUGUGUCUGAAAACGAAGAAGCAAACAAAGAAAUGCUAGAUACUGGACCGGUUGAGGAGAGCUCUGACGAGGAGGAAACUCCGGAAACCAAGAAAACGGAAAAUAAAGACAAAUCAGGCGAACCAAGGACGGAAGAUGAGAUCAAAAGGACUCUUUUUGUAGGAAAUGUCUUAUUCACUAAGAAAUGUAAGAAAGAAGUUAAGAAAAUCUUUAGCAAAUAUGGAGAUAUCGAAACAGUAAGGAUAAGAACAGUACCUGUAAAGGAUGCCCGAGUCACCCCCAAGCUGGCUGUGAUCAGGAAUGAACUGCACCCAGAAAGAACAACCGUCAAUGUGUAUAUUAAAUACAAAAACCCAUCUUCUGUGGAACAGGCCUUAGUAGAAAACAACACAGUCCUCAACGACUGCCACCUUAGAGUGUCUCGCAGCGACUCCACAGGAGCACAACACGACCCUAGAUGCUCCAUAUUCGUUGGCAACGUGCCAUUUGCUUUGGAGGAUGAAGCGUUGAGAGCUAAGUUCGAACAGUGCGGGGAGAUUGAGUCCGUCAGGAUUGUUAGGGAUAAGAAAACUAAUGCUGGCAAAGGUUUUGCAUACGUAAAUUUCGCAUCGAAAGACGGCGUCGAAUUGGCGUUAGCGCUAACCGAAGAAGACCUCACGAUAAAGAACAGAAUCCUCCGCGUGAAGCGGUGCACACAACUCACGCAGAACCAAAAAAAUCAAACAGCAGGAAAUGGAAGGAACUUGCAAGGCAGGAAUCAGAGCUUUCAAGGGAGGAACCAAGGUUUCCAAGGGAAAAAUCAAGGGUUCAAGGGGAAGAAUCAGAAUUUCCCGCCCAAAAAUCAGGGGGGAAGGUUUGGGGGAAAAGGGGGAUUCAAAUCAGGACAAGGACAGAGCAAUGACGCAGUCGGUGAGGGCGCGCACAGAAGGAUAAUGAAUAAGAGAAAGUUCCAGGAGAGUGGCGAUGGACCCCCCAGCAAGAGGCCAAAUCAAUUGAAUCAACCACAAAAAGAAAAGAAAACCAGGAAGGAAUUCGUUGGAAUGACAGCAGAAAAGAAAAAGAAACACACAUUCAACAAAGGCCAGAAGAAGCGAAAGGCCCUCAGCGAAAUCUUAACUAAGUAGACGUCCUUGUUCCGUGUUGUUCUUAUUUUUAUGUAAGUUAUUGUUUUAAUUAUUCGCUAUUCUUAUUGAAAUUCGUUAAAUUAAGAUUUUAAGAUACAUUUUCUUUGGAAUUACUCACAGCUGUGAUUUUUAAAAUAAAAUGUUUUACAACAUGA